ACAACACUAUAUCAGUUAUGUAACUAUCUUUACGAUUCUAUACCAAUUAGUCAUUAGUGCAGUGUUGAUUGGGGCCACACUUGGUAGGGAGGACUGCGACAACUAUUGGGAGAUGACUAAAACCUAACCACCCAAAACUGAACCCUGAAUCUAUAUUAGUCCAAAGGGUCAGACGGUAAAAAGGAAAGGAAAAAAAAAAAAAACCACUGUAUAUAAAAGAGGCCAGCCUUUCAAAGUUGGGCUUCCAACCUAGUCAAACACAAUCCAACUCAAACUAAAACUCAAGAGAAAUAAAACAAAGUCCGAAGAAAUAAAUCAAUCAAUAAAUAUAAAAAUAAAAACCCCUAAAUUAAGUUUCUCUCUCAUCAGUUUUCAACUCGCCUGCCUUUUUUCUCUCUCUUCUUCGUUUUUGGUUCAGUAAUCAAAUACUACUCUACCAAUCUCUCCUUCAAUUUUCCAGACAAUUAUACUAGUACUACAAAUUCCUCUCAUAAAAUCAAUUUUACCCGCCAAAAAAGGUACUUCGACCUUUGUUUCUCGCGCUUUCUUUGUCUUAUGGAUGAUUGUUUGCCGAUUUCCGGCGACAUCGGCGGCGGAGGUGGUGGUGUGAAGCGAGCGAUGGAGGUCGAGGUUGCGAUUGACGGCGGCGGAUGUGGUGGUGGUGGUGAGGUGGUGACGGUGAAGAGGAGGAAGAAGGAGGUUGUGGAGAUGAAGAGAGUGGCGGAGAUUGUGCUUGUGUUAUCUGCUUUAGGAAGGAUGAGAGCUGGAAGAGAUCCGACGGUUGCGGAGAAGGCGAUGAUGGCGGAAGCUAGGGGUAAGGUUGUGUCUAUGUGUGAGGAAUUGGCUCCUAAAGAUAUUCUCCCUACCGAAGCUUUUGGUGCUGUGAUUGAAGAUUUAGGGCUUAAUCGUUUGAAGGAUCGAAAUGUAGGGUUUCGCCCUCCGAAGAUCUCGAUUUCGGAUAAGAUUGCUCUUAGUAAGCGCAGGAUGGAAGAAUCCAAGGCUUUUGCUGCACAGCCUGCUACAUUUUCAUCUCAGAGAGUGCAAACUGCUACUGGGGCUGUUGGUGAGAAUCGUGGACCACCUUCUGCUGUCCGUGGGUUCCCUUCUGAUAAAGUGGGUCAUGUGCCUGUAUCCACAGGAGCUUUUCAACCUCCUACUACUGUUGCUAGUGUUUCUUCUACAGCUUCUAUGCCCGUGCGGAAACACCCUUCUGGCACUGAAGCUCGCCCUCCAGUUGUUUCUUCAGUUCCAAAUAAUAUGGGAAGGGAUCCAAUGUCUGUGAUGCCUCCUAGACUUGAUAGAGCUCAUAUAAGACCUGACGUCAGACCGAAUGGGCAAUCUUUGCCUCAUGUUCCAGUAAGCUCUGCAACUAAUCAACAUACGGUGAGGACUACUCCUGUACACCUGCGACCUCAACCUCCAAUGCAGGUUAAUGUUGGAACAAAGAAUAUGGUGCCAGCUCAACUGCCUGCAAGAUCUGACAUUAAUGUCAGUUUAAGUGGUCCACCAAUGACAUCACAAUCAGCUGUUGGUCACGUGCCAGGGCUCAUCGUCAGUCACACAGCUCCUGGAGCUCUGCCUACUAUGCAUCACCCAGUUCAGGGUAUGCCAUUUGUUCAUACUCCUGCUGUCAAUCACCACCUUGAGGUAUCUAGGAUAGUGCAGAGGUUUCUGAACCCAAAGCCUCCUCCACGUUCUGUGUGGACUCCUCCUUCAAGGGAUUAUAUGAACAGGGCAUUAUUAUGUCAGUUCUGCAAGCUGGCUAUCAACGAGGUUGAAAAUAUGGUGGUUUGUGAUGCUUGUGAGAAGGGUUUCCAUAUGGGAUGUCUUCAAUCACACAAUGCAAAAAGCAUUCCUAGAGGAGAGUGGCAUUGUCCUAGGUGCUUGACAAUGAGCCAUGGGAAACCGUUUCCUCCAAAAUAUGGCCGUGUUACCAGAAAUAUGAAUGUACCAAAAGUCCUUUCAAACACAACUGGAGUUCAAUUGCCUUCUGAGAGAAAGGCAGGAUCCAUGGUUGAGAAGGUGAAUCAGCCAAAUGCAGUUAUUGACAGAUUUCAAGAUUUCAAAACACACUCUCAGAUGAACCAACCAAAUGCAAUAGACAGAAUCCAAGAUUUUAAACCACACACUCAAGUGAAUCAGCUAAACGCAACGACAAAUGGAAGCCAAGAUUCUAAAGCGCACUCUAAGGCUGUUAAAGUUAUUGAACCAUCGUCUGAGUCAAUCCUGCGACGUGGGAGUGAGAUUAAUGGAAAGGAUAUAUUGCAAGGCUUAAAGGAAGAUGAACCUGGGUCAAAUAAUUGCUUAAACAACACAACAGAAAAUGCAGUUGAUCCCUCUUUAUCAAAAUCACGAGAACCUUCUAGUGAUAAACCUUCCCUGCAGGUGAAAUCUGAAAUAUCUUCUUCUGAAGAUAGGUUGAUGUCUGAGGCAGAGCCCAAAUUUCCAGCCAUACCUCAAGCAAAUAACAGACUUAAUGACUUACCAGCAUCAAGCAAUCAAAACAAUGUUGAUCAAAAAGUGUUAGAUAGUGUUGAAAUUUCACUACAUCAAAACAGUGACAGCAAUGGCGUUAUUGAUUCCCCCCAGUGUAACAAUGAUAAUAAUGAUGAAAAAGAUGAUGUGCAGAAAAAUCUAGUUGAGAUGGAGAGGAUUAGUGACCUUGCUGAGGAGUUUACUGACAAUAAUUCAGAGAGUUGCUUGCAUAAUGUUGACUGGGUUGGUGAUGCAGAUAGAGUCGUAGAUGAAAAUAAGUUUUUUCGGUCUUGUCGCAUCAAUGGAAUGGUAUAUCAAUUGCAGACUUAUGUCCUUCUCCGUUCUAAAAAUGGCAAAUUGAUACCUGUAAAGCUCCAGGACAUGUGGGAGGAUAUUCAAACUAGUUCGAAAUGGCUUGUUGUCCAUAGGUGUUACUUUCCUGAUGACUUGCCAGAGGAGGUUGGCCGCCCGGGUGCUCCUCAAAACAAUGAGGUCUAUGAGUCUACUCAUGAUAGCAAGGUGCUGGCGGGUUUAGUUCAAGGCCCAUGUGAAGUCCUUCCAUUCAGGAAGUUUGGAGAAGAAGCUGAAAAAAGUGAUCAAGGCUCUCCCAUGAAUGACCAGAAGCAGCCAGUUUUUAUACGCAAUUGGUUCUAUGAUGAGACAAGACGAGCUUUUUGCCCCAACGCUAGCUGAUCUUGGAUGUUGUUAAAUGCUGUACUUGGUGAUGCUUUCAGAACCUUUCGUGGCAUACAGCUCAUAUGUCUUCAGGACUCCAGGUAAAUUAUUGCGGAUGAAGUUCUCAGCCUAUAGGGUAGUCUCUUUUCUCCUCUUUUGUACAAUAUGUAGCAUUCCUGCGUUAAUUUGCCCUGUAUAACAUUUCUUUCACAGCCCUUUAGAUUAAGUUUGUACAGGGUUUGCCCUUAAUUUUUGGGUGCCCAAGCAUUUGAUGAAUUAUGAUAUCCAAAGCCUUUUUUUUCUUUAAAUUUGUGAGUUAAGUUUGGAGCUUCCAGUAAGUACAUGAUCAUUUUCUGGCCAUAUAAUUGACUCCGUCGUUUUUGGUUUUGUUGCUGUUAUUGUGUUUUGAUCCUUUGAUUGUCA